AUGAUAAGAACAAUUGAUUCUAUCGUCAAAUCUCAUGAAACACGAUAUUCAUCCACUUUGGGCAAGUCUUCUUCGGUGCUUUUUAAACCCAGUUUUAUUAGCGACUGGUACCCCGCCACAGCACUUAACGAGAGUUUGUCACUUCUUGUUAUUGAUCAUAAUCUUGGAGAAUAUCCAGUCAAGGUUGAUGUACAAGUCAAAAUUAACGAAGGAGGAAAAGAUUAUAUCUUUUCCGGAUUAGGAUCUUCACAAAGAGAUGACGAUUUUCCUGAUAGAUUUGGAGGUGUGAUCUACAAAUAUAAUGACCAACAUACCCAACUCUCAUUUCCAUAUGAAAGAAAUCAUUUCUAUGGCAGUAGUGGUUUGGCAUUUACAGGUUCAGAUGGGCUUUACCAUGGUUCAACAGAUCUUCUAGGUCCAUACGUAAAUGGAUAUGUCAGAACGAGAGUGUGGCUGUCAUCGGAUAUGCCAAACAUAGUUCUUAACACAUCUCUAUACAUGGAUAAUUUUCAAAACUAUCGGGAGAUCAGUCAUGGUUUAGGCUUUUAUCCCGAUCUUCUAAACGUCCAAACGAUUCUUUCCAAUGGAUACAUGUCUGAUGGAAUAGGAGUGGUAUUCAUACCAGAAACGGACUUCUGGUAUAACACAUUGGCAGGUGUCUUAUUCGGAUACGAUGAUUCCAAGGUUAGACUGUGGGUGCCUUCUAACUUUACAGACUACUACAUGUAUAAAGCUGGUGGUGUGUUUGCUGCAAAAGAUGGAUACAAACUGGGAUAUUAUCUGGAAGGUGUUGUGAAUAUUCUAGCUUGGAAUAUUGAAUGCUCACAGCAGGUUUUUCAUAAAACAUUCACAGUUGGAGAUAGUGUGAUACAUGAUGAUAUUAUUCAGUUUCCUUGUCCAUAUGAUUUAUCAAAUUAUCUAAUAUCAGUUCAGUUCAAGGCCCCUGAAAGUGACACACCUAACGGAGGAAUGUUAUUUAAUGCUGCAGGAACGACCCAGGCGAAAAAUGGUUCAAUGUAUGGUGGAAUUGUAUAUGCUUACAGUGAAAACGAGGUUAUGAUAUGGCGUCCGGUUAAUGGACCAGUAAUAUAUAUUGGUGAUAGGUGGGGAAGUGGGGAAUCAAAGCAGACUUCCUAUUCAGCUGAUGUUAUUAUCAGAGUAUACCAUUUACCAUUAGCAGUUAAAUAUGUACAGUAG